CGGCGGGAGGGGUUGUCUUCCGGGAGCGUGUGCCGGGGGAGGAGCGGCCGCCGCGCGGCAGUCAGGGAGCUGAGUGCGGGGGUUCUGGUUGCAACUGAGCUAAGCCCAACCCGGGAGGGAGUCAGGGCUACCAAGUUGCUCUGAAGGUUAAAAGGUCGAGAGUGUAAGACUGUUAAAGUGAGUCAAGAGAAGGAAGAAUUUUGUGGACUACUACAGUGUGUGGGGUGAGUUCUAGAGUCUCACCAUGUCAGGGAAACGGAAGCGUGUGGUGUUGACUAUUAAAGAUAAGCUUGAUAUAAUAAAGAAACUUGAAGACGGAGGUUCUUCCAAACAAUUGGCAGUGAUUUAUGGAAUUGGUGAAACAACAGUUCGGGAUAUAAGAAAAAACAAGGAAAAGAUUAUAACUUAUGCGAGCAGUUCUGAUUCCACAAGUCUUCUGGCCAAGAGGAAAUCUAUGAAGCCGUCCAUGUAUGAGGAACUGGACAGAGCAAUGCUAGAAUGGUUCAACCAGCAAAGAGCUAGAGGGAAUCCCAUAUCUGGACCAAUUUGUGCAAAAAGGGCUGAGUUCUUCUUUUAUGCUUUGGGAAUGGAUGGUGAUUUUAACCCCUCUGCUGGUUGGUUAACUCGUUUUAAGCAGCGGCACAGCAUUAGAGAGAUUAACAUUAGAAAUGAAAGAUUAAAUGGAGAUGAGACUGCUGUGGAAGAUUUUUGUAACAAUUUUCGAGAUUUUAUUGAGCAAGAGAAUUUGCACCCUGAACAGAUCUACAAUGCUGAUGAAACUGGACUCUUUUGGAAGUGUCUACCUUCCAGGACUUCAGUAAUCAAAGGUAAAUGCACCAUCCCUGGGCACAAGUCAGUUGAAGAAAGAGUCACUAUCAUGUGUUGUGCCAAUGCAACAGGUUUACACAAACUUAAACUCUGUGUUGUGGGCAAAGCAAAGAAGCCUCGCUCUUUCAAAUCAACUGACACCUUAAACCUGCCAGUCUCUUAUUUCAGCCAAAAAGGUGCAUGGAUGGAUCUUUCCAUUUUCCGACAAUGGUUUGAUAAGAUAUUUGUGCCACAGGUUCGAGAGUACUUAAGAUCUAAAGGCUUGCAAGAAAAGGCUGUGCUUCUGUUGGAUAAUUCACCAACACAUCCAAAUGAAAAUGUCUUAAGAUCAGAUGAUGGCCAAAUAUUUGCUAAAUAUCUACCACCUAACGUGGCUUCAUUGAUUCAGCCCUUGGAUCAGGGAGUUAUAGCAACAAUGAAGAGAAACUAUCGUGCUGGUCUUCUCCAGAACAACUUGGAAGAAGGAAAUGACCUGAAGUCAUUCUGGAAGAAGCUAACUCUACUUGAUGCACUUUAUGAAAUAUCAAUGGCGUGGAACUUAGUAAAACCAGUAUCCAUUAGCAGAGCUUGGAAACUGAUUCUUCCUAAUAUAGAAGAGAAAGAAGGCUUGGAUUUUGAUGAAGAAGAUAUUUCUGUGGGCACUGUGGCCACCAUUUUACAGCAUACCAAAGGAUUGGAAAAUGUGACUACUGAGAAUGUUGAAAAAUGGCUUGAAGUAGACAGUACUGAACCAGGCUAUGAAGUAUUAACUGACAGUGAAAUCAUCAGAAGAGCACAAGGCCAGACAGAUGAAUCCAGUGAAAACGAGGAGGAAGACAUAGAACUAAUUCCAGAGAAACAUGUAAAUCAUGCAGCUGCCCUCCAAUGGACUGAAAAUUUAUUGGAUUAUCUAGAACAGCAAGGUGAUAUGAUUCUACCUGAUAGACUGGUAAUACGUAAACUUCGAGCCACCAUCAGAAAUAAACAGAAGAUGACAAAUUCAAGCCAAUAAUGACAUUUCAUUUGUAUCAUUGUUCUGAUAAUUGUAUUUGUGAGCAUACCCUUUUUGUAACAUGGUUUAAUCUUUGUGUUCUGAAUUCUCAGGCCUAGUCAUGUGAAAUACUGAUACAAAAGCAUCUGUCCAGGUAUGGUGGCACACAACUAUAGUCCUAACUUCUUGGGACACUGAGGCAGGAGGAUUGCAAAUUUGAGGCCAGCCUCAGCAAUUUAAUGAGACCCUGUUUCAAAAUAAAAAGGACUGGGGAUAU